GGAGAGCGCACGGAGAGUUUACGAGCACGCAUGGGGGUCCCUCCCUUCCAGGCUGUCCGUGGCCUCCUCGCCUCGGCGGGCAGCUCCGAGACUCUGCCAAACCUUCCUGAUCCCCCAUUUCCCUCUCUCUACCUUUCCUCUGAAGAAACAACCCGGCGUUACGUCAGAAAGUGCAGGGCAAGCAAGACAGCGUCUUAGGAGCUAUUCGUAGGCAUUGCUGCCAAACCCGGCUUGGGGCUGCUCACGAGCUCACUGCAGCCAAUGCAAUUUACAAAUCCAACACUUUUAAACCAGCAGCAGUAUGUGGUAAGUCAAUUAUUAAUUCAUACUGUUUUAUUUACCGCUGGGAUUUUUUUUCUCACAGCUUUCUUCACAUGACAGGUCUCUGUUGCUGGCACAAUUGCGCAAAAAAAAUCAACAGUGUAAACGGUGUAAAGAUAAAAAAAAAAAAAAGUAGGCUGGUUUACCCUGUAGCCUCACUGAAAACACCAUGACAUGAUGAAGCGACAGAGAUUUUUUGACGCACAGAGAUUUCUGCAGCAAUUUUUGUGUUUGAUUCUUUGCUGAUCUCAAAAACAACAUGCCCCACGCUCGAAAUAGGAACCCUAGCCCCAUCCCAGAGGUAACAUGGGACACGGGAUUGAAGGAGAUGAACGAGACCUGGAAAGGAGCUAUUGCCUGUCUCGGGGUGGCCGUCUUCUUCGUAAUGACCAUCGGGAUCAUAUACUGGCAAGUGGUGGACCAGCCCAACAAGAACUGGAUCCUCAGGGGGACUUUUAGCGGACUGAUCUGGGAGAGAAGAACCCACUCGCUGGUCAUACAGACCCUGACGGAGGACAAGACCUAUGUGGAGAUAGACGUCGGGAACGUGGGGAACCCCGACAUCGAGGUUCCCUUCGUGAGGAACCUGUGCUGGCUGAACAAAACGGAGUUCUGCUAUACGUGGGACUCGGUGGCCGAGGUGAAGAUCUCGCUGGAAGUGAAUGAGGAGACGGAGACGGAGUGUUACAGUAUGACUUGGGCGCCGGUGCACUGUCAUGUGGAGCUGAAGGACUGCUUCUCCAUGACCAACGUGUCCUGGUAUGGUGGAGCCAGCGUCCGGGGUCAGACGUGGCCGAUCAAUGAUCAGAACGCCACCAUGCAGCCCUUCAUCGUCAGCGACCUGAGGGACAAUCCCUCAGGCUUCGGCUCUGCCCUGGAACGCUACUUCCUGGGUUCGUCAGGUGUUGCAGUUCUCGUGUCUCCUGAUAUCCCCCUGCAGCUCGGGGUGGACAGCAGACAGCAGUUCUGCCUGCAGUCGCUGCCCAGCAUGGAGCGUCUCCCUCUGCAGUACACCGUGUGCGUGGCCCACAAUGUGAAAGCCGCUCACCAGGAAGCCAUGCAACAGCUCUCCCAGCCCGACAGGGAGCUGCCCAACAUGAAAGCGCUCUGGCUGCCGUUCUGGAAGCUGCUCACCAAUGUGGAUUCGGGCCCGAAGGUGGAGAGGGAGCUGAGGAUCUUCUCUAAUCGUCUGAAGAGACACCAGCUGGGGGAGGGAGUCAUCAGCCUCAAUGAACAUUCCACCACCCUCCUCUCUGAUAUGGACCAUGACUACCUCAACAUCAGGAAAAGGGGGAUGUCCAAGAGACUGACCAGGGACCUCCCACUUGUCAAGCUUCUUAACAUUUCCAUCACCCUGUCCCCUUUCCUGGGCGUGGACACCACGCAGUUCCACACCUCCCUCAUGGACGGCACUGAGGCCUAUUGGCUCAGUCUCCCCUCAGCCCCUCAGGGACAGCUGAUCCCUGUGAUGAGUCAGUGGCGAGGAAAGUUCUGUGUAAAGCUGAACAUCACCAACCCAGGAGCAGUAAGCUGGUUCCUGGACAGAGUGGGUUCCCUGCAGGCCCAUUUGGGGAUGGAAUACAUCAUGCUGGAGGGGGGCGAAGGGAACCUGUUUAAGGAGCAGGCCCUGCGGCCACCGCAGGCUCUAGGUGGAGACAAGUACAUCAGCCUGCUCGCUGACCUGGCCACACGGAUAGGAGACUCUACCAUCAUGACAGCAGGGACACGGUCGAGCCACAAGCCGCUGUUUGUGAGAAUGACCCCCUUGCAGUCCGAUUGGAGCCCAAUGGGCCUGAAGGGCAUCAUUCCCUCCCUGCUGCACCACACUCUGCUGGGAUACAACUUCCUCAUUCCUGAUGCAGUAGGUGGCUCUCUGUCUGGAGACCUGGUCACAGAUGAGGAGUUGUUCAUCCGUUGGUUGGAAAUCGCAGCCUUUCUCCCCGUUAUCAGCUUCCACACGCCUCCCUGGAUCUGCGGAGAGGAUCGGGUGUUAAACCUCACUCAGACCUACAUAGCAAAGCACCAGAGGGAUGUGGUCCCGCUGAUAGAAAAGUAUGCAGAGGAGUGGCAGAUGACGGGAAACCCCAUCUACCGGCCGAUGUGGUGGCUCAGUCCCAGCGACCCCAUGACCUUCACCAUCGAUGACCAGUUCCUCAUCGGAGACGAGGUCCUGGUGGCACCAGUGGUGGAGAAGGGGGCAGUGAAGAGGGAUAUUUAUUUGCCUGAUGGGGGCUUUCAGUGGCAGGACAGCCAGAACGCUCAGGUGUUCGAUGGGGGGACGUUCCUACAGGACUACCCUGUGCCCUUGGAGGAGGUGGCCGUUUUCUUACGGAGAAGCUGAGUUACAUAAAUGAUCCACCGAGUCACCUGACUCAUCCUGUUACUGUUUUGAAUCAAAUUCUUUUUUUUUUCUUUUUUUUUAUUAAUACUCGUGCUGUUCUCAACUUGCACUUUUCCACUAAAGACCAUUGACCCUGUCUCAAGGCUCUGUCUUGAGAUAAUAUGUAGAAAGAUUUUUUAUACUUGCACUUUACAGUUCAAAUUUAUUUGUAUUUUUUUUCCUUUGUGACUAUUUUUUCUUCCUUUUUUAAAAAUGUUAAUUGGUUUUACCUCUUGGCUGAUUUGUUUCUGGACUUUUUCUGCCUUUUUUUGUGUGUGUAUGUAACUUCCAGAGAAAUCUGUGUGUUUACAUACUGCAUUUCUACAGUCUUUAAAUUUUUAGUUGCUGCUGGCUGUCUUGAUAAGGAGGAACAAAGCAAGCGCCUUGUUUGCUUAAAAAAGAAUCUGAAUCUCUCAAGAAGACCAAAUGAAGAUAUAGAAGGACAAAGGAAGAUGUUUGAAAGGGCUUUUUCGAGGGGAAAUGCUUAUUGGGAUGACAUUAGCUCAAAGAAACCUUCGUACGAGAACCGAAGCAACGUGGUACCGUAUGUCUUGCUCACUCAUCGGAAAGGCCUUUACUUGAACUUAUCAGGCCAAAGGGCUGUUGUUUUAUGAAUGUACCUCAAGUUAUGGUUUUUCACUGCUUUGCAGAAUCAUCACACACAACAACCUAUCACCCCUUAGCACUUAUGCUUACAAUUGUUUAAUCAACAUACCACUCGUUGGACACAUCUGAAUGUCCUUUAGUACUGUAGGCCACAUGAAGUUGAGGCCAAGCCACUGUCAUUGUAACUCUGACAAUAUUUGAAUUUAGAUUAGAGUUAACCUUCUUACUAACCUGCUGUAGAAUGGGCUUUUAAAUGAGCUGCUCAUUUUUGUUUAACUAACUGUCUGAUGUUGUGUUAUGCUUUUUCAUGAGUGCUAAAGCAAGUCUUGUUGACAACACCACAGAGGUGUAAAGGAUAUUUUAAAUAACAGUGUGAUAUGAACAUAUUUGCUUUCUUGCAGAGAGUUAGAUGAGAAGACUGCUAACACUCCCAUGUCUGUACAAUAAAUAUGAAGCUAGUUUAGCUUGCUGCAAAGACGUGAAAUGGGGUAAACAGCCAGUCUGGUCCAAAUCUAGCAAAACCUGACUACAAGCCCCUCGAAGGCUCACAAAUUAACAUCCAUGCAAAAACAAAAGUUAAAAAGAUAAAGUAACAGUUUUAUGUGGUGUUAUAUGCUGGACUAUUUCUCGGCCAGAAGCAGUGACUUCCUCCAGUUUUUAUGCUAUGCUAAGCUAACUGUCUUCUGUGUGUAGACUUCUUAAUCAACAGGAAGAUAUGACAGUGGUAUCAAACUUCUCAUCCCGCUCUCAACAAAAAAGUGAACAAACAUAUUUCCUGAAACGUUGAACUAUUCCUCUAAUAGGAUGGGGGGUGGGGGGGUGGGGUCCUCAUAUAUGAUGUUCUCAUAUGUAAGAAAUGUCUAUUGCAGCCAUCUUUGAUUUAGAAGACAUUGUUGAAAGUAUUACCUGCCACUGACAGUCACAGAGUUGCAGUGGCCACUUGACACAAACCGUCAGUAAGUAGCAAGAACAAUUACACUGCUGUCCUCAUGUGAACCUUCACUUAGCCUACUCUUUGGACUGUGCUUGUGAUCACAUCUACUUCCCCGGCUUGCUUUACUUCAGUUGCGUUCUUUAUGUGCGAGAUCUUCUCAUUUGGUUUGAACCCUGACUAAAUGAUCAAAGCAAAUGAGAUGUGAAUGAGAUAACUGAUUUUCUUUUGUGGUGAUAUUCAAAAUCAGCCCAUGGAGAAAUUUAACAACCUUUGCACCAUGAUACGCUGCUCUAUGUAGAGUUAAUUAGUUGACAGUGCUCUUUGGCAGUGUUUUUCUUUGUUGAUUUGUUCUUCACAAGAUAUUCUUAACAGUCCAGCAGUGAUGAUUCAGACUCUGGAAACUUAUCACUUAGUGAAUGCUUUACCACUAAAUUGACUGUGUAACUUUGAUCUAACAAGUUUACUGUAUCAACUCCAACACUCAGGUCUACUGAAGCUUAUCAAAUCACCAAAUGUCUUAGUACAACACAGUAUGUUGUGAACACAUCAACGUCUUAAUCUCUCUUAGAGCUGAAUGUACAAUGGACAAACUGUGAUUUCCCAACCGAGCCCUUUCAUGUGAGGAGCUUUUCUAGUUCCUGUUCUAAUGCUUUUAUGGAAUGCUGUGGUAUGUUCAUGUAUAAGUUGCAGGAAAAGCUUUGAUGUGUUAUUCCUUCCCUCUACAGACUGAGCAAUCAUGAUGCCGCCUUGAUAUGCCACUCUUAAAUCUGGACAACACAAGUGUCUGGAUUAUUGCAGUAUCAGCAAUGUACAUAUUACGAUGACUGUGCCAUUACAAGUGUUUUUUCUCUUCUGUAAAUCAGAGAACUUAGAAUGAGAAAGUUGCAAUAAAGUUUACAUUUUCUUACUUCA